CGGCCGAGCCCCAGGGGAGCCGAGCUCGCGCGGGCUCGGCGUUUUUUCGGCUCUGAGGAGGAACCCCGCCAACCAUCAAGAUUUUGUCCAAAAGCAGACAAGAGGAUCGCCCUGCGCUGAGCCGGCUGGUGGGCAGCAGGCGGCGGCUGAUAGCGGCCGGCGCGCUGGGGGUGGUGAUGGUGCUGCUGCUGGUCAUCCUCAUCCCGGUGCUGGUCAGCUCGGCCGGCACCUCGGCGCACUACGAGAUGCUCGGCACCUGCCGCAUGGUCUGCGACCCCUACGGCGGCACCAAGGCGCCCAGCACGGCGGCCACGCCCGACCGCGGGCUCAUGCAGUCCCUGCCCACCUUCAUCCAGGGGCCCAAGGGGGAGGCCGGCCGGCCGGGCAAAGCGGGGCCGCGCGGCCCGCCGGGGGAGCCGGGGCCGCCCGGCCCGGUGGGGCCGCCGGGUGAGAAGGGCGAGCCGGGGCGGCAGGGCCUGCCGGGCCCCCCCGGGGCGCCGGGGCUGAACGCGGCGGGGGCCAUCAGCGCCGCCACCUACAGCACCGUCCCCAAAAUCGCCUUCUACGCCGGCCUCAAGCGGCAACACGAGGGCUACGAGGUGCUCAAGUUCGACGACGUGGUCACCAACCUCGGCAACCACUACGAUCCCACCACCGGCAAGUUCACCUGCUCCAUCCCCGGCAUCUACUUCUUCACCUACCAUGUGCUCAUGCGGGGCGGCGACGGCACCAGCAUGUGGGCCGACCUCUGCAAGAACAACCAGGUUCGAGCUAGUGCGAUUGCUCAGGAUGCUGAUCAGAACUACGACUACGCCAGUAACAGCGUGGUUCUUCACCUGGAGCCAGGAGAUGAAGUUUACAUUAAAUUAGAUGGAGGAAAAGCACAUGGAGGAAACAACAACAAAUACAGCACAUUUUCUGGAUUUAUUAUUUAUGCUGACUGAUAAUGAGUAAAAAGACCCACCAAACCAGUCGAGAAAUGAAGUGUGCUCUUCUAAGCGAUGGGUUGCGUGGCAAAAGUCAAUGAAACAAGCACCCCAGCAGAGUGACCACUGAACACCUCAGCAGUGGGGGAAAAAGUUGAAUGCUACCUGAUUCACAUCUGUACAACACAGAGAAACCUUAUGUUAAAAAACCACAAACCAAGUUAAACAGAUGUGCGAUCCACUUCCGCCAAAGCAAAUACUUCCUCAUUGUUAAGUGUCCAUGUGAAUGAAGUUCUACAUAGAUCAGAUUUUUAUAGGGAAGAAAGCCCACCCAAGGACACUGAGCUAUUUCUUCAGUGUAUAUGAUACUUUGAUGUGUUAUGAUCUUGCUGCUUUAUCCAUACUUCAGCUUUGGUUCUUGUGACUUACCUGCUAACAAUGAUGCUUGGAGUCCACUCAUAGUGUGGUGAGGAAUGAUUUUACAAUAAAAGGAAGAGGUAAUCAAAAUAUA